CAACCACAACAACAGAACUUUCAGUUCAUAACAGACAGCUACUGAAGGGAAAAAAAAAAACCACCUUCCCCUUUCUCUUUUACUUCGGUCUGAAAAUAAAAAACCUUAAAAAACGCUAACUCCGUCGAUGCUACAAUGGACUCCGACGAGAGAAUGACGGCUUUGAAGAGGGCGUAUGCGGAUAUAAUUUUGAAUACGGCGAAGGAAGCGGCGGAGAGGAUUAUGUCGUCGGAGAAGAAAGCUAUUAGGUAUAAGCAUGAGCUAAAAGUGGCGAAAGAGGAGGCAGUUGGGAUGUUGCUGCGGCUUAAGCAGAUGAUGGAUUCUAAGAUUAGGGAAGCAGAGUUGACGUCCUUGAGUCAACAGAGGAAGAUUGAUGAACUUGAAGCUCAACUUCAGGAAGCAGAAGAUAUCGUGAGUGAUCUCAGAAUAGAGCUGAGUGAUGUUCAGGAUGAACUUGAAAGGGUGACCAGCUGCAAAGAGAAUGGAGUACAGAACUUAGAGGAAGUUAACACUGCUCCUCCUGGAGAACCACACGAGGAGAACAUAGUGGUGUUGCCUCUAGCAUCACAGGAGGAGUCUGUGACAAUUUCCAACACAGAAAUUAUGAAUAUGAAGCAGAAAACUCAGGGCUAUCAGUCCUGUAGCAAUAUGGUUCAAAUUGGAAAACCUAACAUUGCAGGUCCAGAUUUACCCUCUAUAAUUUUGAGAAAUAAAGUGCCAGAGCUAUACAGAAAUGGGUGUACACAGAGAAUUCGUGCUUGUGAAGGAAACCUUUUAGAUGGAGAUCUAUCUGUUUCUAAAGGAGUUGAAAAGAUUAGAAAUGAAAAUGGUGAUGGAUUCGAUGAAGGUGAAGGGAUAGAUUUAGCACCUAUUAAUAAGGUUGAUAAUGUGGUUAAUUCACAGGAAAAUAUACAACCAGCAGAUGACCUGCUUAGCAACUGGCACCUGCUAAAAUCUGUUCGCCGAAAAAGAAGAAGAGCUAUGAGAAAUAGAAAAGCUGAUUAUCCUUCGCCAGGAAGCAGUCCUGAUCAUUUCCUGAAUAUUGAUAAGACGUCAAACACUGGUAGCUUGACUGCUCACUCCAGCCCUGCUAGCGAUUGUGGUCCUGGUGAAGAUCCUUCUCAUAUGGGCCAUGGUUUGUCAAUAGAAAAAGCUGAACCAGACGUGAAGCUGGGAUUCACUGAAAUGCACGGAAAUGAACCACGGAUUGCGGAAUCUUUUCGCCGAAAAAGAAGAAGAGCUAGGCGAAACAGGAAAGUUGAUUAUGUUUCUCCAAGAAGCAGUCCUGAUCAUUUCCUUAAUACCGUUAAAACAUCAAACACUGGUGGCUUGGCAGCUCACUCCAGCCCUGGUAGAGAUUGUGCUCCUGGUGAAGAUCCUUCCCAGAUGGGCCACAGCUUGUUGAUAGAAAAAGCUGAACCAGACAUGAAGCUGGGGUUCACGGAAAUGUACGGAAAUGAACCACAAUAUGCUAAAUUGUCUGGUGUUCUAAGUUCAACAGUCGUGGAAGAGUUGGUAAUGGCAAAGAUAGACUCCCCCAGACAAGAAAGUAGAUCUUUGGAGAGCUUAGAGGUUCCUGUUGACAGUCUUGAUUUUGAAAAUGUUAGUAGUCAGUCUUUGAACUCAUUGACAAAGAUAGCUGAAGUAUAUGGUGAAGUUCCUAGCCAAACUUCAAAAGAUAGAGUCAUCAAAUACACCUUUCAAAGAAAGAGGAAGAGAGAGCAGUUCAGUGUAUCAGAAGAGAAUGCUCCAAUUGAGAAGAGCUCUUCAAAGGAAAUAAAUGAAGAAAAACUAAAUGGUCAUGUAGAGCCAAAAAUGUCAAAUUCAGCAACAGAAUCAUCACGUGACAGUCGCCGAACGGCACAGGUUGCGCGACAGCUAAUUUCUUUGUCUGAGAAGAAGUGGUGGCAGUGAAUAAGAGUUCACGCCAGCACAAGUAGUGGCAGCAGAAAUUCAUGAUGUUCUUUCCAUCUUUGGAGAUCAUUUCAAGAAGGAUGUAAGGACUGAGAGUUGAUCGAAUUGAUACAUGAAGGCAUGAUGAUGUGUAAUAGGUUGACGAUGUUUUUUGUUGCCAUGUUGUCGUACUGCAAUAUAUAUAUAUAUAUAUAUAUAUAUAUAUUAAAAACUUGGAAUUGUUUACAGUGAAAUGUUCAAUUUAUUUUCGAUAAGAAUCUCAAUUGUCUGAUUUAUACAUGUGUUGAUUCUUGCGGUUUUUUUUGGCCUACAUUGCUCGUGUAAAGGGCUGCUGAUUUCUGUUGCUACAUGUGAUUGAAUUUCUGUAAGGAUUUGUCAGUGUUGGAUUGCUUGGAGUUUGGGGAAACUGCUCUUUUAUUUAAGUAUUUUUUUGGUUGGUUCUCCCUUCGAUGGCCGAUACAUGCGUUAGAGCUUGACUAAUUCAAAUUUACGUUGCAUAGGACUCAUUUCUGGAAGCACUCCUUAUCAUGGAUGUUCACUAGAACCCCAUUUAUCAGCAUAGUUUACCAACGUACAAGUGAUGGAGGCGAGAAGCACAAAAAUCUUUCAAGAGCAAACACUUGGAUUACACAUUACAAGUCCACAGCCUUAACAUGAAUAAAUUAAUACUAUGUAUCUAACACGAAUUUCUACUUGGAAACCUGAUUAGGCGGAAGAUAUAUUAUACUCUACUAUGGUAGUGACACUUUAGUAAUUAGCUAUCUAGAUUCUCACCUUGUUUGUGAGAAUUUGAAUAUUCAUAUUGUAGUCUCCUUUCCAUUUUCUCUUUAGUGAAAAAGUAAAUAACCUUAUACGCGUAAAGAAGUGUUAAGAAAACAUAUUAUUGAUUUAUGAUGUACUGAACUUAGAUAUGAUCCUACCUCACCGCCUACGGUUUCGGUGGAAGGAAUAAGUACUCCUCCAUCCUUAAUAAAAAUUUUCGAUUGACGACUAGGGUGACGAGACCUCACCCACAAAAAAUUUCGAUUUUGUAGAAAGCCAUUUUUUGCUAGGAAGCAUUUAAUAAACCCCUAUCAUUUUAAUGUGAGAUUUCUCGACGUGAAUCCAAAUUAAUUGGACUUCAAAGUUAAUACCAAAUAUUGGUGUGAAACCGAAAAAGAAGCAUUUAACUACUUGUUCAACUUCUGUCUAACAGUGUUUGUGAUAGUUGUGAAUAGAGAGAGAGAGAGAAUUAUGGGGUUGGUAAGGAAAGCAGGAGAUUGGGCAUUUAAAGUCUUCUCGGCGGGGCUGGGAGUUGCCACCAUAUUUUUUGCUGCUAAUUUCUCUGUCAACGUCUACCGUGGUCUCUCUUGGCAUAACCCCCAAACGCUCUACUAGUCAGCUAUCUGAUAUGGGAGCUCAUUUUCUUCCCACAGAGGAUUGAGAAGGAAGGAUCUAAAGUCCUGGAGCAGCAAGAAUGACGGUUUGACAAGUCCUAUACUUUCACGGUGGCGUUGCUACUUGCUAGCUGAGUUCAUGCUAUAAGUUCUGAAUCUUUUUAAAGUGAUGCAGUAACUUCAACACGAAUAUGACUUACAUUCUGUUCUUUUUGUUGCUGGCUUAAUUAUAGCAGCUGAUGACCGUUAAAAACGGAGUGGGAAUGAUUUUUGAAAUUCAUAUGCGUGAAUUGAAAUUAUACCAAUUAGUUUGAAUUGA